UUAAAGAUUGAAAUAUUAUAUUGGCUUGACGUUCUUUAGCGCCUUUUUUUACUAUCCUUAAUUAGAAGUUCCAAGUCGUCUUUGACUUUAACCAGUACGAGUAUAACUGGAGUUAAUAAUUUAAUAACAGUUUCUUGCUAUAAAAUUCUUGUUUUUACAUUUGGAUUAUAAAGUUUCUUUUAUGGUAGUGCUAGAUCAGCUCGUUAAGUGUAACAAUUAUGAGAACAAUCAUAUAAAAAAAAGAAUGUCAGUUUUUAUAGGUUAUCUAACCUGUCAUCGUUAAACGUUAUUUCUCUUUUCUUUACUGACCACACCUCUUUGUUACCCAUAAUGCUACCAAUGUAAUGACUCUUUAUUUGGCCACAUCAAGCUGUCUGACCAUUUGAGUUAUGAACGCUUAACCGGAACUUUAUUCCAGUUUUAAUUAUUUUAGUUCCUUCCGCUUUUUAAAAUGAAUCUAUGAACAAAGGUUUUCCAAUAAUGUAAACAUUAGUAUUGCACGAAAAUUGCUUUACUAGAAUUGCAGUUUUGAUAAAUUAAGUGGAAAUUAAAAUAGGACUUAGAAAAUUAAGAAGGGCGUAAUCAUUGUUUUAAGUACGUAUAUAUAAAUCUUUGUAUAUUCUAAAUGUAAUACACAUAGUUAGGAUUUCUGCCAAACAGCUAGAUGAACUUGACAGUUGAGCUUACCUUGUACUACUUUUAAUCAUCAAAAAAUUGAUGAAUAUGUGAAUAUAUUUAAUUUCGAUUUUAUCGAUGUAGUUUCAUUAACUAAUUUUCUCAAUAUAAGAAAUUGUUAUUCGGAUAUUAAAAUUAGUUGCAGCAUAUAUUUGUAUAAUCGUUAAUAUCGUCUGCCUGUUAGCGAGACAGAGGUCAGGCUAAUAAUAAACUAAACAAAAAUAGGACUAACCGCCAAUUACCGAACCGAUAUUAAAGAGAGGACAGGUCUCUGAAGUUCGUACAAAUGGCGAGCCACGAUCUUGAAGAAAAAGUGAUCGCUUUAUAUGGGGAAGACAAAUGGAAAGAAAUAAUAAAUUUAAAAAAUGUUAAGGACACAUUUGAAAAGUAUAGAUUAUUGUGGGUGUGGCCAAGUUUGGAUGAUUUACAGUGGAUAAAAGAUAUAAUUGAUGGUUUACAAUUACAUGGAAUUAUAAGCAUUGGUUGUGGCAGUGGACUAUUAGAAUGGUUAAUUCAAAAACAUUCCGGUAUCGAUGUCGUUGGAAUAGAAGUGGAUCACGCUUGGUGGACCUGUGGUUACUCGCCGCCAUUGUUCUUAAAGAAGGUCAUCUUCAUUGAUGAGGAUAACAAUAAUGUGGAAAUACCAAAAAGCCAUGCACUCUUAUUUUGCUACUUCAAUAAUGCGCCUGCAUUUCUUAACUAUAUCAUGAAUUACAGCGGAAGUACAGUUCUUGUGAUUGGACCUGGCGAGGGACGUGGUUCUCAUACUGAUCCUACGCCAUUUGAUAAAAAGUUUUCUGAUCUCGGUUGGCAGUUGUACAAAUUUCGUGAAAUUGGAAAUACAAAGGAUUAUAUAGCCGUUUACACCAGAUAACGCUAAUUACUCUUUUAUAUUUAAUUUACAUACUGUAUAAAAUUUAGCUAGAAAAUGUGGAAGCCAAAGAUACAAAUUAUCUGUAAAAGUGAACAUUAUAAAAUGUAUAUAUGUAGAUCGUAAAUAAUAUAUGUACACAAUAAAAUAUAAUUUUUUGGAACGA